GUCAAACAUCUCGCGUCGCGUCUUCCUGAUGGACUCAUCCUCCAGAGAUGAAGGAUCACUGAUAGAGAUCGACACCUCUGCAGACUGGAAACGCAUACAAGAUCAUUUCACUAAUGCCAUUCAUGCGGUUUUAGACGCAGAACUGGACAAAUCCGCGUCUAAAGGAUCCCGUGAUACGCUCUUGCAACACCUUCAUCAGUGGAGAAAUGAAGCGAUGGAGUACGCUAAAUCUAACAUUCGAAUUAAUGGUGUUGACCCGGAGGAGGCGUGCGACAAGGAAGACAUGGAGCCUUAUGAUGAGGCCCUCAACGUUACUGUUUGGGCAAUGGACAAUGAGCGACUCGCAUACGACCACGCUGUCAGCGAGAAGCGAAGAAGAAUCCCUCGAGAAGUCAGGGAUCUCACAGAUGGGAUUCUGGCCCACGAGCGCUCAGCCGAAGUCCAAGUUCCAGGCAGGGACUUUUGGGAUGAAGAAAGAAUGGAAGUUGACUUCAAACCUCUGUUGUCGAAUUUGGCGGAGAUUGUGGAAACGCACCAGGUGGCUUUGGAUAUUGGUGAAGGAGUUAAAUUAAAAGGUCCGAUUUUGGCUGUACGAGCGCAACGUGCAUUGGAGGUUGUGACAGAAAUGUCAACACUACCUUCAUGAACUUGUUUUUCUCCUCUCCUAGAAUCUGUACACGAUUGACUUCUGAAGCAUUUUUAUUUUUAUUAUAAG